AUGUGCAUACAUCUGGAGCAGGGAAACAACAAUGUACUACAUUACCUUCUGGUUCGUGGUUGCAUCAUCAACCAACUUAUUGAACUAUAUGGUCCACAGAACACGCCAACCAACCACAUUCACUUUAGUGCAACUUAUUACAACACAGUUAACGUAAUAAAAUGCCAGUUACACAACAAGACCAAAGAGUCUGUCAGUUUCGCCAUGCUUCUCAUGGAAGAUGACACCAACACGAACAACAACAACAAUAACGAAGGCACGUUGAUGAGAUCAAGUGGCAGGGCAACGAAUGCAUGCAAGAAGAAUGGAGAGAUUAUUUAUGCAGGCGCAGUCAGCAAUUUUAAUGUCACCACUGAGGUGCAAAAUGGCAAGAACGGCUCCAACACAACUUCUGAUCUUAUGGUUUAG